AUGCCGCAGCCAAACCGUUUUGGUGGAAAUCAGCCGGCAACUUCUUCAGCUGAUGUUGCGCGUGACGAUUCCCCAGAGCUAGACUCCACGCGCGAGCAAGGCAGUGGUGGAAUGAGCACGAAUCCGAGAAAACGCAGAUACAUCAGCAAUGCCUUUACUACAAGGAAGCGAGCUGCCAUGGCUUGCGAUUUCUGCCGCCUGCGGAAAACCAAAUGUGACAACGCACGACCAAAAUGUGGCAAUUGUCGACACCACAAUGCAACGUGUGUCUAUACUGAGAACACAGAAGCCUCUGCACCCGAAGAUGAUGCGAAUACCAAUGUCAUGCAUCGCCUCGACGAGAUCAAGUAUCUUUUGCAACAAGUGCAAGCUCAAACUACGCCAAAGGUCCACUAUACCACAGCUGCGGGACAGUUCCCCUUGAUUGAUCGUGCCCCAUCCAUUUCAGAAUCUGCUCCCGAGCGAGAAGCGCCUGUGGACGACAGUUGGCAAAGUGGCGAGAGCUUCCAUGCCGUCAAUCCUUAUGAUUCCCCUUAUCGAGCCGCGCGUUGCGAAGCGGUUGUCCGGUGGCCUAUUUUCAGAGACUGGCUGUCGGAGAAAGAGUGCAGACUCGAGUCAUUCUUGCACGAGGCCGAAAUCCUGUUUCCGGAUGGUGUUGGUGGAGAACAACCACUCCCAGCCAACCUUGCCAGAGGGGAUAUAAGGGGGCCUCCCGGACCCGUCAUAGAUGAGGACGAUUGUGUUCCAUUGUGUAAAAGGUUUCUCAGUCAUGUACAUUUCAGAAAUCCGAUAUUGGAGCCGAGGCAAUUGAUAUCGUAUGCGAAAGAGGUUUCACAACAUGGUAUGGGCUGGGAUGGCCGUUCGUGUCUCGUGCUAGUAAUUUCGGCCAUCUCCUGCAUUCUUUUAACCAACGAGCUUCCCCCGGAGCCCGACUUAGAUCCAUCUAUACACGCCCCUCCACUCUCCAGUCAUAUCCAUGCAGAUCCUGGUGGUGUUGCUGAAGCAUUUGCUCAAGCAGCUAAGAAGAGGUUAGGUCUUCUUGGUAUGUCUAUGAUAGAUAUCCAAUGCUUGUUCUUCAUGUCCAUCUAUGAGAAGCUACGUAUACGACCUCUACAGUCCUGGUUCUGCCUCCAACAAGCAUGCUCCAGACUCAAAAGCCACCUCAUGAGCCGAAGUGGAUUUUCAAGCUCAAUGGAUGCAGAAAAGCGUGAGCAACAUCAGAUCGAGCAAAGGGUCUUCUGGUCAUGUGUCCGCUCGGAAACUGAACUCCUUCCAGAUUUAUGUCUCCCAUCGAGCGGCCUUGACGCUUUCCAAUACCCUGAGUUUCCCUCACCUCCCUCAGCCACGAAUAAUGAGCAUUUUGAGGAGUGCUCGGAGAGCAGCGAUAGCGGUUAUGUCCCACCAAACUCUCAAGCACAAUCCUGGCUGUUCUUCCUCGCCGAAAUCUCGCUCCGUCGUACCAUUAACGCACAUUUGCGCCUCCUCUAUGGCAGAUCAGAGUCGUACUGGCUGUCUCAUCUGCCAUUGCUCCUAAGACACCAUGCCCAGUGCGAGGAACAAAUCAGCCUGUGGUACUCUCACCUGCCCUCGAAGUUGCAAUUUUCCGACAGCGCACCGCAGCCUCAGAGUCUAUCAUAUUACCUCGAAAGCCGCUUCCAGGAUUGGCGUGAGCACAUCCUCCGGCCAUUGCUAUAUUGUGCCCUUCAUCAUAGCAGGCAGAAAAAUUGGCCUCACCAGUUUCAUCCUGUCGCUGCUGGCGAGCCUUCCCCUUCAACCUCCACUGUGUCCAUGUCUAUGCAAACGGCUGUACUUUCACCGACUGGCACUGGCAAUCUGAAUUCGAACGCGACACUUUAUCCACAGGUGUUGCAUCUAGCACAGAUGCACAUCGAUCUGUGUGCCAGCCUCAUACCUCACUCGUUCGAACAUGGCCGAUACGGUGGAGUGUGGCAACUCUGUCGACGGACAUUCAUUUGCGGGAUGGCGUUACUCGCAUCUGUUAUCUCGGAGGACCUUCAAAGCCCCAACGACUGGGUAGAUCUGUGCAGAACAGCCAUCAGGUAUCUGACUCACUGGGGCGCCGAAGCACGGUCGGUCGAAGCAAUGCGUCUUGUGCUGGAGAAAUUGUUUGACAGAGUGUUACGAAACUCGCAAGGACAGCCAAGCUUAUGAGUAGUAAACACCUCAAGACAAUUUGGUAAGCCAUCGAUCAAGGU